AUGUGUGUUGAAAACGGGUACCCAGAAGCGAUCUAUCCGUUGGGUCUCUCUGCAACAGCCUGGGAAGGCCCCUCCAGCAGGUACUGCUUAACCAAAGGCCUUCAGCUUCGGAACACCCACCCGCGCCCUGCUUUUGUGUUCCUUAACGAGAAAUCGGGCUCCGUCGCAAAAAAGAUUUGGGGGUGCCGGGGCUGGACGGCGGUCCGGCGAGUUCCUCCUCUGAUUUCCCACCUGCCUUCCUACGGCGAACGGGGGGAAUUCGGGAACUGUGGCCGCUUCGUGCGUGGGGGGGUCCCCGACCGGAGCGGGGGUCCAUGGCUGGACGCGGCUGCACCGCUGCUCCUCAGCCGGCGUCCCGGGUUCCUUAGAGCACCGGCACCCGCGCACCCGGCUCUCGGGGCAGCGUUUCGGGCACCGCUCACGCCGGGCCGGGCGGCUGCCGCUUCCCCGUCGCGCCCGGCUGCCGUCGGCACCGCCGCCGCUUUCCCUCUUCCCAAAGCCGCCGCCGUCGCCCGUCCCCGCCGGGGGCCGAAGCGGCCCGGGCACGGGCGUCCGUCCCCCCGCGCGGGCUCGGGACGGGGGGCUUCGGGGCGGGGGCCGCCGCGGCGGGUGCUGCCGUGCCCGGAGGGCUCUCGGGGGCUGGCCGGGGCGGUGGGCGCGGGCUCUGCAGCGAUGCCGGGAGCCGUGUCUGAGGUCCCCUUCGGGGGAGCUGACGCCGUUUUGGGGCGCUUUGUGUGGUCCCCGUGUAACGCAAGUGCUGCUGGAUUUGCCGAGACCCCAGACUGCGAGACGUUUUGUCUCCGUCGCUCCGGGCUACCCCCGUUUCCAGCGCCGGACAGGCCAGGACGGUUUGGGCUGCACGGGCGGGGCGUUCCCUGGACACCGGGACGUGGUCUUGGCACCCAAACCCACAGACUGGAUGACCGGCGGACUGCCAGCCGUUCCUGGGGCUCUCCAAAGAGGGGGCGCAGGGAGGAGAGGCUGGUUACCGCCCUAAUCGUGCUUCAGGUAUCGGCAGUUACUCUGAAGAAUGCUCUCUGCUGCUUCCUUCAAAAACCCAAGAGCUGCAGCUGGUUCCCAGCGGGGCCGGAGCUGGGGCGGAUCGCGUCCCCCGCGCUGCUGGGGGCAGCGGGGCUGGGACCAGAACUGCUGCAGCGGUUCUUCAGGUCACCCAAACAAGAACAGCCUUUCUCCCCAAAAAGAGUGUUUUAUUGUCCCGUGUCCCUCUUCGAGCCCUCCCUGUCCGUGUGCCUGACCCGGCAGCCUCUCAGCCGCUGGGUUUUUGCCGGGAGCCCGCAAGUGACCGCGGGCAGACGCGGCGCUGGCUGUCGGCCGCGAUGUUUCCCUGCUGCGGUAGCUGCCGUCGCCGCGCUGCCUGCGCUCUGGCACCUCCGCGGGGCUCUGCUGCGUGCCGGGCACGAGGGCUGCUCGCUCGCGGGGCCGCUGGCGUCGGGGCAGCCGUGGCUCGGCGGAAUUGGCUGA